UGCUUGCUUCACGACCUGAAAGAAAGAAAAUAACAUAUUAUAGGGGCCUUUAUACAUAUCAUUAUAGACCUCUUGCUAGGCAUGUGUCAUUUAUUGAACAAAAAGAUCAAAUUUCCUCUUCUGCAAACAUGACAUGCAGCUAAUGUAUAGCGCAUUGUUGUCAGAAUCAAAGCAGGGAUCUAUACCUAAUUUGGAUAUCUGUGCGUCGUGCAUGACAUGAAGUUAAAAACAUCGGUGGGCCGCUGACCUAUAAAAAGGAGAGGUAAACACGUGCGUGCUUCGAAACCUCCACUUCAGCGUGACAGCAGCAGUUUCCGUGAACCAAUAACGGGAAAUCCUUUCUUCAACACCAUGAGAGUUGAAUUUCGAAAUGUGUCAGGGGAAGCACAAUGAAUAUGUUACACGAUUGUAAAGUAAGAGUCUAAUUAUCUUCAUGUGAUUUUGAAGUAUGUUUUCUGAAAGCUCCGCUGAAGCUGAGGCAGAACUGCUGUCGAAGGACUUGACGAAGGGAGGAGUACAAACAAGGGAUCAUGUGUUCACGCUCGCCGACAUGCCAAAGUACUCCGCGGACAAUUCAGAUGACGUGGUUAACUCCGCCGACGAAGUGGACCAGCUGCAGCAACAACUGGGCGGUUAUGGGCGGUACCAGAUCCUGAUCUACGUGCUGAUUGGUCUGGUGUACAUGAGAGGUGGUUGGCAUGUGUGGAUACCUGGGCUACAAGCAUAUGAUCCCGGCUACCACUGUGCAGCCACCCCUGGGCUCCACCUGAAUGAGUCCGUGCCAGGUAAAAUGGAGAAAGGGGUGUGGGAGUGGGACACUUGCAAGCAGUACACCAACUACAGCGUCAACAACCACACCGAGCCCUGUACUAAUGGAUGGGUUUACUUGUUUGAGGACCCGGACACGACCUCCAUAGUCUCUGAUUUUGACCUGGUUUGCGACCGGGACUACCUCGUGACUUUGACCAGCACAAUCUACAUGGUGGGCACCACGUGCAGUGUGAUCUUCCUCACCCCUUUGUCUGAUCGGUUUGGUACUAAAAGAGUGAUGCUCGUCUGCCUCUGGCUCCAGGCCAUUGUGGGAACGGCUUUGGUGUGGUCUGGGAACAUCAUCGUUUACUCUGUCUUCAAGUUUUUCAUCGGACUUUUCAACAUGACAAUCGCGUUGUGUGCCUAUGUGCUCAUGACGGAGACAUUUGACGCCGCCCACAGGGAGCCGCCCACAAUCUUCAUGCAGUUCUUUUGGGCAAUGGGCAUCAUGUCUCUAGCACUCUUUGGCUAUCUCCUGCCAGACUGGGGUCACCUUGAGCUCGUCAUUGCCCUGCCCAUCAACCUCCUAUCUUUUUUCUACAUCUGGCUCAUCCCCGACUCGUUACCAUGGCUACUGUCCAAAGGCCGUACAGGAAAGGCCAAGGACGUCAUCUUGCGGUUCCUCCGUGUAAACAACCUGCCGGACAUUCCACUCCUGGACAAGACUUUGGACAAAUUCCGCAAACAGAAGGAUGAAUUCGACAUAAAAAACACCGGGGGACAAAAAGCACCAGUAAGUGCAGACGAAUCUCAGUCCAUCACGGGAGAAAAUGGCGGAGACGGGAGACUGUACACGAUGCUUGAUCUUUUUAAAACACCAAGGAUGAGGAUCAACUCUUUACUCAUGUUCUAUUUGUUUCUAGUGAAUGCUUUGGCCUACAUUGGAAUCAUGUAUACAUCGCCGGAUCUCAAUGGGAACCGAUUUCUGAAUCUGUUUUUGCUAGGAGUAGUGGAGGUUCCCGCUUAUAUCACCUGUUUCUUUGCAAAUAGAUUUAUCGGAAGGAGGAAGACAAUCUGCGGCUUCCUGUUUGUAUGCGGAGUUGCCAACAUCGCAGCUUUGCUCCUCCCUGCGACAGCCGGAAUCAAGCUAUUGGUGCUUCGUCUUUCUUUGAGAAUAUUGGUAGCGUUGCAGCCCCUAGCAUGGUGCUUGUGAAUGACCAAGUGAAUCAUCUGCCUUUGGGAAUUUUCGGCGGGAUGACCGUAGUCGGUGCCGCUCUCGUGCUACUGCUCCCUGAGACCCACAACCGUCCUUUGCCGCACACCAUUGAGGAGGUGGAACAAAACGGAGCCAACAAAGCAGAAAGAUGAAACUUUCAACUCUGAGAACAGAAGUGUUAGAGCUGACAGGUCAAUAGUCGAAGAAAUGUUUUUCAAUUACCAAUCUUAUUUGACCUCAUAACAUCAUUUUUUCAAUCAUCUGUAGAUCUGGUUGUCGAGCUCCUGUAGGUUUUCAUUGUCAUGGGAACUGCUCAGCACAUCAUGCGUAAUCAACAUUUGCACUCGACAAGGCUCGUGAAGAGAAAA